GCUGCUGCUCAUCUCCUUCCUCAUCCUCUCCGCCUGCAAGCCAUGGCGCUACCUUUCCCGCUUCCGAUCCUUCCGCUUAUCCGUCAUCAAGCUCAAAUUCUGAUGGAUUCGUCUAGGUUAAGAUGGCCGUAUCUGGGAUUUUCUGCCUGCUCAAUUUGUAGGAAAUGUGUUAAUCCGAGAGGCCAACUCCACCAUCUUUGGAUUUUGCUCUUACCUUGUGAGAGGCAGUUAUCAAUCAAGAUUUGGCAAGAUCGUGGAUUUCUAGAACUGUUGAUGUGCAUGUAGACUGAGCCCAGCAUUUGGAAACACGUUAACUUUUUCGAUGCGAACGUGUUGAUGCCAGAGGUUUAUCAAUGAGGAUUAUAUUGUUUCUGUGUUUGGUGCUGGGUGCAUAACUUAUUAACUCAUAUUUCUUAUGCAUGCAAUUGCUGCAUGACUUGGAUAGCAUAUUCAAGGUUUUAUAGGAACUAUAUCCGGCAUGUUGUUAUUAGAUUCGUGAGACCUGGAAAUCGUUUCUCGGCUGAAGCAGGGGAUUUACAAAGACCCCUAGUAUCCGAUCAUGGAAAUUCGAGCCAGGGCCAAACGAACGAAUUAACAAGGGAGUAUGAUCUAGAGGGAGCUUGCUACAAAAAUGAAGGGCUUUUGCAUGCAUCUCUAACGGAAGGAUGUGUUUACAAACAAAGGCUUCCUUCUUCGUCUCCCCAUCUCACCCUCGGCGAAAGCUUGAUAGUUGAAGUAAUUUCUGAACAUCCUGAAGACGUUUCGGUGGGCCAGACACUUAAACAUCAAGCUGAAAAAGGUCAAUUAGCGGAAGUGCAAAACUAUGAUUGGCAGGAUAACCAAAGUCACAAGUUGAAACAUGAUCGAGAAAGCAUUAGGCUUAGGGAGCUUUCUCCGAAACCAAUCGAAGACAAAAGAAGCUGGCUGUUUUUGGAGGUCAUUUCUGGUCCUUCUGUUGGGCUUCGAUUUUCUGUGGAGUCCACAAGUAUUAACCUGCCACUGACCCUUGGGAGGGUUUCCCCUAGUGGUUUAUUGGUUAAGGACUUCGAGGUUUCUGGGAAGCAUGCUCAAAUAAACUGGAACUCCACUAAAUUAAAGUGGGAGCUGGUAGACAUGGGUAGCCUAAACGGGACUCUCUUGAACUCUCGGUCAGUCAGUCAUCAUAAUUUAGGUAGCCGAAACUGGGGUGACCCAAUUGAGCUUGCAAGUGGAGAUAUAAUAACUGUGGGUACAACCACAAAGAUCUAUGUACGUAUCUCAUCUCAGAAUGAGUAUCGGACGCCCUUUAGGGUUGGCGUGGCCUCAGAUCCCAUGGCUUUACGUCAAGGAGGCAGGAAGCUUCCUAUGGAAGAUGUUUGCUAUUACCAGUGGCCACUUCCUGGGGCUGAUAAGUUUGGGCUGUUUGGUGUUUGUGAUGGACAUGGAGGACCAGAGGCUGCUCAAGUUGCAAGCAAAAUUUUCCCCGAGAUUUUGGCGAAUAUUUUGUCAGACCCGGUGAAGAAGGGGAAAGUAUUAUCACAAUGCGAUGCUUCAGAUAUCCUUAGGGAUGCCUUCUCAAAAACAGAAGCUUGCCUGGAUCACCUUUAUGAGGGUUGUACAGCAACUGUUCUCUUGAUUUGGGAAGAUGGUGAAGAAAAAUUCUUUGCACAAUGUGCUAAUGUUGGGGAUUCAGCCUGUGUUAUCAAUGUUGAUGGGAAAUAUAUACAGAUGACCCAAGAUCAUAGAAUGACUAGCCCUUCUGAGAGACUGCGAAUGCAAAACUUAGGGUUACCCUUGAGAGAUGGGGAGAAACGACUGUUUGGUGUAAACCUUGCUAGGGUGCUUGGAGACAAAUUUCUGAAGAAGCAAGACAUCCGUUUCAGUGCUGAUCCAUAUAUAAGUGAACCUGUAAGGCUCGAUCAUGGAAGAGAAGUAUUUGCUCUACUGGCAAGCGAUGGCUUAUGGGACGUGGUCAGUGUGAAGAAGGCUGUUCAGCUUGUUCAUGAGAACAAGAUGAGGGACGGAAGAAGCUCGGGGGAAGAUAGGACGGUGAAUCAAGCUGAGAAGAUAGCAAACAGUUUGUUGAGCGAAGCCAAAACCAUGAGGACAAGAGACAACACCUCUGUGAUGUACUUAGAUUUCGACAGGAACUGUAAACUGUACAUUUGAUGUACAAGAAGGAAAAAAAAAAAGAAAAGAUGUCAGCGCCUCUCCA